AUGAAAAGGUGGAACGAUCGCUUUUUUGUGAUCCCAAGCAAAGAUAAUCAAUGUAGUCAUGAUUUUUUCAGGCAAUAUUUUGAUAUGCUGUUUGGAGAAAAUAAAUAAAUUGGAAUAGAGAGAAACUGAUUUUAUAUGGAUGGUUAUAUUUGAUCAAAGCGAUAAAUCUCCCACUUUAAAUUGGGACAAAUAAUCCUAUUAUAAUUUAAAGGGGUAAUAUUUUUCAAAAAAAAUAUAAAAUUUGGAGAUUAAAAAAUAUAAAUUGACCCGCAAUAUUUUUGAAUUUUAAUUUAUUUUAUGAGGAUUAAUUCAAAAAAUUAAUAUAUUCAGAGUGAAAACUGUUUAAUAAGUAUCGCUUUUCAUUAAAUUAGGUUAAAGCUAGUUUAUAAAAAAAAUAUUUUCACCUAAAUUUCUUUUUGAAUUUUUUUUUCAAUUUAAAGAGAGGGUAUAAUGCCCAAAAAAUGGAUGUUCUAAUUUAAAGAGGUGCAUAAAGUUUAAUAAUUAAGUAUAAACCUUCCAAAGGAAAAUUAGUCAGACUCUGUACACCUACACAGCAAAAGCUGUAUGAAACUCCUAACUUAAGAUCGACGCUUGAUAAACUAUCACAUAGAAUUCCAAGAACUUCAACAGUUUGGAGACCAGCCUCAAGAUCUUUACUCUACUCUAACUUGUUUAGCGGGCAAAAAAUCUUUACUAGCAAAGAGAUUAAUUUUUUUUAAUUUAUUUAUAUGUAAUUUGUUUUUUCAAAUUAAAAAUCUAAUAUUUAAAUAAUGAAAUGAAUAGUCUAAAAUAAUUUAUAAUGCUUAUGUUUUAUAGUGUAAGCUGUAUAAAAUUAGUUAGAGAUUGCAUUAUAUCAUCUUAACUGCAUAUCAAAUUAUUUAUUGUAAAAACAAAGUAUAUUUAAAGCAUUUUUAAACACUAAUAAAGGGUAGGAGUUAGAAAAAGGCUGAAAUGACAGGUUUUCUGUUGCCUUUUCUAAGGAUAACGAAAAAUAUCCAAUCCCAUUGAGAGAAUAUUUUGAUAAUCCCAAAAUCUUCUCAACAUUUGCGUCAAGAACAAGCUUUGAGCUUUUGAAAACUCAAAGCACAAAACAAUUUACUCUCAAAUCGAAAGAAUCUUUUGGGACUCCUACUAAAAAAUAUUUUCGUAAAAGAAGAAAUCGUGAUUCGGCGAGAAAUAGCGAGCAAUUGAAAUUAAAAAAGAGUAGCGAGCUAAAAAAAUCGCUUUAA